AUGACGAGGUUUAACAAAGAAAGGCUUCAAAUACCCGACGUUUGCAUCACAGCGGCUGUCUCCGCCCUCACUUACGCCAUAAGAUGUAAAGCUUUCAAGAUAUCCUUAUCAAAGACCCCGUCGCAGACAGUGAUCGAGCUCCUCACCCGAGCUGAAAAAUACAUUAAUAUGGAGGAAACACUGAAUCCAAGGAGAUCUGGUCCUUCCCAUGAAAAGGCCGAGAACAAAAAGCAACAUGAUCCCGUUUCCUGGCUAGAGUAUCCUUGGGAAAAGCGCAAGAAUGAAGAUCUAUCAGGGCCUCUCACCCGAUUAAACACCUCCAAGGAAAAUAUCUUGAUGGAGAUCAAAGAAAUGAAAGAAUUGAAGUGGCCUCCAAGAAUGAAGUCGCCCCCUGACACAAGAGAUAGGAGCAAGUAUUGUGAAUUUCACCGAGAUCAUGGGCAUACCACGGAGUAUUGUCAAGCAUUGCAGCGAAAAAUUGAAGCCCUCAUUAAAAGAGGAUUCUUAAGAAAUUACAUUGGUCAUGAUAAACGCCUGAGGAAUAAUUGCGACAAUCGUGAAGAGCCUGGAGCUAGAAGUAGUGUUCAACCCACUGCCGGGACCAUUAAUAUUAUCAUUGAAGGCAUAGCAUCUGGAGGAGACACAAAUAGUAGGCGAAAGCAAUAUGCCCGCCAACAUGCUCAUACCUCAAAGGAAUCCCAUGAUAAACUCGAAGACAUUACCUUUGGAGCAAGAGAUUUGGAAGGAGUAUCAUAUCCUCAUGAUGAUGCCUUGGUCGUCUCUGCAAUUGUGGCUAACUUUGAAGUAAAGAGGAUUUUGGUUGAUAAUGGGAGUGCAGCAAACAUACUCUCAUAA